GUGACGUCACUUGCGGGCCAUAAAAAGUGCCUCACGGAGACCUUCCCGACUUCAAGUUUCUCGAAAGGUUUGUCGGUCUGAACGCUCCGCGAUGAGCUGGAUGGUGAGAAGCUUCGCGCUGCCCUUCUUGCUGCUGUGCUUUCGGGGGCCGCGGGAAGGAGCGCACGCCUGCAGCUGCGUCGCCAGGCAUCCGCAGGAAGUCUUUUGCCAAGCAGAUGUUGUCAUCAAGGCGACAGUUGUCGGGAAGACUGUCAUUUCCUGGAAGCCGAGUGUCUUCAAUUUUGGUUUCCUCAAUCCCGGUGUCCUAGAUUCCAUCAAGUAUGACCUCAAACAGACAAAGAUGUUCAAGGGUCCUAAAAAACUUUUCGGCGCAAUCUACACUGGGCUCAACUCUGCAGUAUGUGGAGUAUACCUGGCCAAUGGGAUCGAGUAUCUACUUAUGGGCAGACUGCAAUCUGACGGCUCGCUGCACAUCUCCUCGUGCGACUUCAGUCAACCGUGGGACAAGUUGAGUGCCACGCAAAAGAGCUUGUUGAAGCGCUACGAAACGGGCUGCGAUUGCAAGAUCACCCGCUGCACCUCCCUCCAUUGCGGCAUCGGCGGCCCGAUGGAGUGCUUGUGGACGGACUUUCUGCCGGUGAGGAUGGCCGGCGGCAAGCAGGCCCAAAACUUCGCUUGUAUCAAGAAAAGCUCUGGCUAUUGCUCUUGGUAUAGGCCGGGUUCCUUGCCCACAAAUGGUUUUGGGUUCGUCAAAGGCCGUUAAUGCAAAUAAACUUUUUAAACAAUGA